AUGGCUUCCAUAAUCCCACAACCCUCGCGCCCUUCAACAAACCCUCCCACCGCAGCUCUUCCCCCGUUACCUGGCCCAAAGUCAAGGAAAGAUCCGCCUGUGAUUUCAGACACCCCAAAGGUUUCCUCAUCUUCUUUGAAACUCCCCAAACUUCGCACACCAUCUGCCUCACCACGGCCCUCCGCAUUGGCUAUGCCUCAAUCAUCCAAUCCUUCAACUGGUAUCUUGGUUCCCAAAUCUCUAGUAGUUGGCGCCCCUGGUAGUCCUGAUAAAACCCUGCGCCGUACAGUCAGCAUUGCAGCCUUCCCCCAACCUCCUAAAGUAGCAAAUCAACUGGCGUCGAAGCCUCAAUCUCCUGACUCCACGAAACCAGUAAUCCCGUCGAGUAGUAUACGGAUUAAGACAAAAUCUGCCAAUGGUUCCGGAAAUACAUUUAAAGGACCCAGCUCAUCCAGAACACCUAGCCUUUUGAAUAGCAGCGGGGAUGGCAAGUCCAUUCCCAAUGGUCCAAGUGCUAGAAACUCUGAGGGCCAUUUCAGUAUCCCCUCUCCACCGCAAAGCAGAAGUUCAUCAGCCCAGGGUUCCUAUUCUACCAGUGCCACUACCUUCGAUGAAACUGAGGAAGGCGGACGAAGGGGUCGAGAGGAUUUUGAUAGCACAUCCGGUAAUGGAAAACGUGGUUCCAAGGGGAAAGAAUCGAAAGGAAAUGUUAUAGUUAGCGUCAGAGUUCGACCUGACGUUGGGAACGCAGAGAAUUCCAAGUCAGAUGAAGAAUGGAUGGUCGAUGGUCGAAGGUCGCUUGUGUCCCACCGUGGGAAGGAAUCAGGAGAUUAUUAUUAUGAUAAUGUAUUUACAGCUCACGAUAACAAUGCUAGAGUAUACGAUUCAUGCGCGAAACGCCUUGUUCGCCGGGUUAUGGAAGGUUAUCACGGCACCGUUUUUGCAUACGGAAUGACUGGAACUGGCAAAACAUUUUCCAUGCAGGGUACCGCUACAUCUCCCGGUGUUAUCCCUUUGGCUAUUACAGAUAUAUUUUCCUACAUUAGAGAAACUCCUCACCGCGAAUUCUUACUCCGCGUAAGCUAUCUGGAAAUCUACAACGAGAAAAUCCACGAUCUCCUGUCACCACCAGCUUCUGGGACUGGCCCAGGUGCUGUGCAGCAGGAAGAGAUCAAACUGCGAGAGGACAGUAAACGAGGUGUAUACGCCUCGCCAUUGAAGGAAGAAAUUGUGCAAAGCCCAACGCAGUUAUUACGAGUUAUUGCAAGGGGUGACCAUGCUCGAAGGACUGGAAGCACGCAGUUCAACGCUCGCAGUUCCCGGAGUCAUGCUGUUGUUCAAAUUGUGGUAGAAAGCAGAGAGCGAAUCCCUGCUGGAAGUUCUGUGCAGGAAAAACGCUCUGCCAUCGUUCCUGGUGGCGUGCGUGUCUCAACAUUGAGUUUGAUUGAUCUUGCGGGAUCUGAACGUGCUGCAGAAAGCAAAGAACGGAGAACAGAAGGUGCCCAUAUAAACAAGAGCUUACUCACUUUGGGAACGGUGAUUGCCCGGCUUUCUGGAGAUAAGGAUAAAAAUGGCAACCCCACCGAUCGGGACGGGAAGCAUUUGCCAUACCGCGAUAGCAAAUUAACACGGUUGCUGCAACCUGCGCUGUCAGGGAAUUCCCUUGUCAGUAUCCUUUGCACUCUUCAGAUCGGAUCGAGUGGAAGCGCUGCAACUGCCAAUACUCAUACAGGAGAGACAUUGAAUACACUGAAGUUUGCAGCCAGAGCGAAGAAUAACAUUGUCAGCCAUGCUAAACGGGCUGAAGAAGCCAUGAGUGGCGGUGCCGGGGAUGCUGGAAGCCGAGUUCUUUUAGAACGCUACCGCAUGGAAAUUCAGACACUCAGAUCUCAGCUUGAAGGACAAGCAAGAGCUCAUAGUGAGAGGGAAGAGAGGCUCGAGGAAAAGGCUUUUGAAAGAGAGGCGGAAAUUCGACAUGAAGAACAAAUGUUGGAAAUGCAGCUCGCACGGACAGCGCUCAAGGAAAGAAUCGAGCAUUUGAACCGUUUAAUCUUAUGUUCCAAGUCCACUGGCGUUAAUGCUAAUGGAACCAUAUCUGCGCUGGGAAGGAUCUCGGGAAUCUCUGCAGGUGGCUUUGAGCCUGGAACCAGGUCAAUUCGAUCUUCAGCAUCUCAAUCGACGUUGGGAGCAAAUGGGACUGUUUUAAAUAGAUCUGCCUCCAUGGUUUCAAUGCGAAGUUCAGGGCCUUCGACUACUCCCCAAACACCAGCUGCUCAAUUUGGCAAUAAUGAAUAUGAGGACGAUACGAUGGGCGAGUUUGCCGAUGGAAUGGCAAGCCUCCAGAUGCAGGUUAAUGCCCUUCAGGCGGAUCUCUCCGAUAAAACUCGAUACAUCUCAACCCUCGAGCGGCGACUACUACAAGCCCGCCGAUCAAGCCACUCACGUAUGUCGAUGGGAUUUUCUCAUUUGAAAGGUGCUGUGGGAUCCGCAGAUGAGCCGGAGGUUAUGGCGCUGCUUCACGAAAAGGAUAUGGAAAUAUCCGAACUGCGAAUACAACUUGACGACAAGGAUCGAAUGGUUGCAGCUUUGCGUUCCGCGGCCCGCCAGCGUGACGUCGCCCAAUUGUCGCCCGACUCGAUUUCUUCAGAGAUAAAACAGAAAUCGGGCCAUAAUAGCGUCGAUAGCAAUGGCAGCUCAGCAAAUAGUGCCGGCGUUGCUAUUGGGACUGUAAGCCCCGUUGCGCUCCUGUCUCCUGUGAGAACAGCCGAGAUGGAACAAGAGAACAAGAAGGAGAAAGAGAAAGAGAAGAAACGUAGAAGCGUUGACGAGAUGUCCCGAAUGCUUGACGAAAUGAUCCAGGACAGGGUGGAGAGCGGACAUCUGGUCAAGGGGACCAGAGGGAGCAUGCGUGUUGUUGAUGCGGCCCGGCGACAGUCGUCUUCUGGUUCGAAUACCGUUCCUCCAAUGAGCGCAAUGGUAACAGCUCUUCGAGGCUCUUUCACAGAUGUCCAAUCUGCGUAA